AUGCGACGCGUCGUAGUGACAGGCCUCGGAGCUGUAACGCCACUCGGUGUGGGUAUUCGCAAGACCUGGACUCGACUCGUUGCCGGUGACAAUGGCAUUGUUAGUGUUGCGCACCUCACUCCCUCAGCAAAAUGGCAACAGCUUCCCAGCACCGUCGCUGGAAUGGUUCCCGUUGGUAGAAAGGAGGAAGGGAAAUGGCAAGCCUCUGACUGGCUAAAUAAAGGGGAAGAACGGCGGAUGGCAAAGUUCACACAAUAUGCAAUUGCGGCGACCGAGAUGGCUUUGGAAGACGCCGGGUGGAGACCAAAUAAGCAGGAGGACAAGGAGGCCACCGGCGUCUGUUUGGGCAGUGGAAUUGGAAACCUCGAGGAUCUGUAUAGUACCAGUAUAGCAUAUGAAAAAGAAGGUUACAAGAAAGUGUCGCCACUGUUCGUACCUCAGCUGCUCAUCAAUCUGGGCGCGGGUCACAUUUCGAUGAAGUAUGGUUUCCAAGGUCCCAACCACUCCGUCACGACAGCUUGCACUACCGGUGCUCACGCUAUAGGGGACGCUUCACGCUUCAUUGCAUUUGGCGAUGCGGAUGUUAUGAUCGCUGGUGGUUCGGAGUCCUGUAUCCACCCCUUAGCCCUCUCUGGCUUUUCUAGAUCGCGUUCGCUUGCCACUUUGUAUAAUGACGAUCCCAAGUCCUCGUCCCGUCCAUUCGACCGGGACCGGUGUGGCUUUGUGAUUGCUGAAGGCGCAGGAGUUGUCAUACUCGAGGAGCUAGAACACGCUAAAGCUCGCGGCGCUGAGAUAUACGCAGAGGUCCGUGGCUAUGGGUGCAGUGGUGAUGCCUAUCAUAUGACCGCGCCCAAGGAAGACGGAGCAGGUGCGCAUUUGGCUAUGAAAAGAGCUCUCAAGAAUGCAGGUAUUCGUCCCAGAGAUGUCGAUUAUAUCAAUGCACACGCAACAAGCACGCCACUUGGAGAUGCGGCAGAGAAUUCUGCGAUCAAAUCGUUGAUGCUAGGGGAUCAUGGGGUCAACAAAGAGUCCGAAAUCUCAGUCAGCAGUACCAAGGGCGCUCUUGGUCAUUUAUUGGGGGCAGCGGGUGCUAUUGAAGCCAUAUUCUCUAUCUUGGCUAUUAAAGACAACAUCAUGCCUCCCACGCUGAACCUACAGAACAUUGAUGACGGCUUCCGCUGUAAUUACAUCCCGUUGGCAGCUCAGCAAAAGGAAGUCAAUGUCUCUGUAUCAAAUAGUUUUGGAUUUGGCGGCACUAAUGCUUCUUUGGCAUUUUCAAAAUAUAAAUGA